CCCAACCCCAUCUCAGAUUUCAAUCCCUUUCUUCUCAGCAAGCCACCCCCAAUUCCCCAAUGGAAGCCCUUCUCUCUCUCCCCCAGCACAACUCUUCUUCUUCUCCAGAUUCAAUGCCUGUUCUCCCUGAAACCCUCAACGGGUCCUCACCGUUCUCCCAACCCGAAGCCCUCGACGACCAAGAUCGGAUUUCGCCCAAUACCCAAGACGAAUCCACUCUUCUUCCACCAACCCUCGAUGGUUCUUCACCAAAUGAAGACAUGUGUGAGGUGGGUUUUCUCCCUGAAAUCGAAACCGAAGACGUGUCCUCCUCAGAUCCUGAGCUCCGUUGUCUUGAAGAACCCCAAGAAGCUGACCCCACAUGGCCACCUCCUGUUCAUGAGGAUGGUUUAGUGAGUUCUGAGCUGAAAUCGCAUUCGCAGUCUUCUUGGUCUCCGUGGGAGUCCGGCAAGCGGUCUGUGGUGUGCUCGGAGCCGUAUCCGGUGGAGGACUCCAAGAUCUCUAUGGUGGGUGCCGGGCUUUAUAAUCUCGGUAAUACGUGUUUUAUUAAUGCGAUUCUGCAAUGUGUUACGCAUACUGUGCCUCUCGUGGAGGGUCUGCGUUCGUCUAAUCAUCCAUUGCCUCAUGAUUGUGGUAGUGAAGGGCUCUGUGUUGUUUGUGCUCUCCGUGAGCACAUUGAUCUUUCACUCGUAUCCUCAGGAAGUGCUCUUUCACCAUUGAAGCUUGUUGAUAAUUUGAACCAUUUCUCGUCUUAUUUCCGAAGAUAUCAGCAAGAAGACGCCCACGAGUUCUUGCAAUGUUUUUUAGAUAAGCUAGAGCAAUCAUGGUUGGAAUCUGAGAAAAAGGAGACUGCAUCUAAUGAAGAUAAAAACCUCGUGAACAACGUGUUUGGUGGCAGUCUCAUUAGCAAACUUCGAUGUUGUAGCUGUGGUCAUUAUUCUGACACCCGUGAACCUCUGAUUGAUCUAAGUUUGGAAAUUGAAGAUGUUGACUCUCUUCCAAGGGCUCUGGAAUCUUUCACUAAGAUAGAGAAGAUAAAUGAUUCUGAGACAAAGUUUACCUGUGAGAAGUGCAAGGAAGAAGUGUCAGUGGAGAAGCAGCUUGUGGUGCAUGAAGCCCCUCCAGUUGCUGCAUUUCAUCUGAAGAGAUUUAAAACUGAUGGAAAUUAUGUGGAGAAGAUUGACAAACAUGUGGAAUUUCCUUUGGAGUUGGACUUGAAGCCCUACACUAGUGGCAAUAACAGUGAUGUGAACCUGAAGUAUGAGCUUUAUGCAAUUGUGGAGCAUGUUGGCUUUUCAGCUACUUCUGGGCAUUACUUUUGCUUUAUUCGAUCGUGUCCAGAUACAUGGCAUAGGUUGGAUGACUCAAAGGUUACUAGGGUUCGGGAAGAAUUUGUUUUAUCACAGGAGGCAUACAUUUUAUUCUAUGCCAGGCAGGGUACUCCCUGGUUUUCAAGUUUAAUGGAAGGACAGAUGUCAUGCUCUGACCUACCCAUUAUGAAUACAUCACCUAAGUCAGUGUUAGAUAAUGUUGAGAACAUCUUUACUGUGAAUAUUCCUGAGGGUUGUAUGCGCAAUGAAGAGGUCCUAACUACUGACACCAGAGAUCCAGUUGAUAAAUUUUUUGAAACAAAUGAUGGAUCCAAGCCUGAUACUGGAGAUUUCAAGGAGACUAACAAGAAUACACCCAUUAUUACCGCUUCAAGUCCAGUUGGUGCAAGUAAAUGUUUUGCUGAAACUUCACACAACAACAAGAUUGAUGAGAAUAUAUGCAGUACAUCCUCUCUUGUUGAUAAUGAAGUAAAUAUGACGUUUGAUGAAGUCAGAGUUGCUGGUUGCCCUCCUACGACACCGCCCAGAUCUCGAAGUGCAGAUGUAUAUUCUUUUGGGACUACUCCAGAACCAAAAUAUCAUAUUCCCCGAGAUUAUCUGAAAUCAGCAGACAAUGUGAUGUAUAAAAGAAGAUCAAGCAAUGUUAUUCCUCCUGUGGAUGAAAACCCAAUGAGAAAGGAAGCUAUCCGCUAUCUCUCAAAGUCAAGAAGUGCUCCAAGGGACAGGAGAAAUCAGCUUCUUGCUGCUAUCAACAAGUCUCCAAGUGAGGGUAUGAACAAGAAAAGGAAAAGAGUGGGGAUCAUGACCAUGUAAUAUUGCACCUCUUCCCCAAGUUUGUGGUCGCUGUAGAGUGUCUCGAGUUUUGGCUAGUGCAGGUGUAUGGUGGCGGAAGGUGCCUAAUUCAAAUUUAGUUCAUCCUUUCAGCCACAAAUGUGCAGAUAAGUUCUUUUUUCAAAUAUUUGAUCUGGUUGCUUACCAGAAAGAAAUGUUUCAUAGGAGUUGCUCUUAAUAUUAAAAGAAAGUUUCAUUUUGUUUGAA